AUGGAGCGGCUCAAGGAUAAUGAUAGCAAGGUGGCUGCAUCUGUUUGCAAGGCGUGGCACGCUGCUGCGCGGGGGGCCGUGGUAGCCCUGCCCAAGGCGAUCAAGCCCGAGGACAUCAGCAGCGCAGUAAAGGUUUUCCCGGGUCUGAGCGAGCUCAUCAUUACUUACAAGGACUCUCAGUUCGGCAUCAAAAACGCAGCCAAGCUUUCCUACGAGCUGGUGGCCGUUGGCCAGGCCCCUCGCCUUGAGCGUCUUGCGUUUGUCGGCGUGGUGAGCGCAAUCAACGCCUUGGCGAUGGCUGUGAUGCGGAAGCAGCCGCGCGACGGCCGACCCUGCCUCGGGCGGUUGGUGGAGCUCCGGAUCCUGGGCACGCCGUCAGAUGAUGACCCUUCUGGGCGGCGCGGCGACACCAUCCCUGCUACAAAGCUCUGCGAGUUGGGCAGGGGCCUGCCUUGCCUGCGAAUGCUCGCCCUGGACAACCCGCAGCUCGACGCGCCAAGCAAGGACCCUGCCCCGCUGCAGCACUUUGUGGCGCUCCGCCGGCUGGAACUGAUUUGCACGCCGGCUGACAGCAUUGGCAGGCUGGCGCGCAGCGCGCCACAGCUAGAUCACCUCGCCUUGACAGGGUGCAGGAUUCGAGACCUCGGCAUCAUCGGGCACCCGACGCUGCUGCGCCUGCAGGUUCUCGAGCUGACCCUGUGCAAAGCACUGAAGUCCCUGCCGCCAGGCGGCGGCCUGUCCGGCCUCGACACGCUCGUUAUGAACGGGUGUCCCGACUUCCUGCCGGCUCUGGACUUGACGCUGCUGCAGGGCCUGCGACGGAUGCACAUCGACGGCACGGACGACGCCCUGAGAUAUGUAUGGCCGUGCAUAUCCCUGCGCUACCUGCGCGUGCGCGACGCCGAGGGCAUCGCCAUCAAGCCGAGUAUUGCAAAGCUAACGCAGCUCCAGACUUUGGACCUGGGUGGCGACGAGGCCCUCACCACCCUGCCAUUGGGCACAGCCGAUGCGCUGCUGGGCAUCUCAUCUCUGAACAAGGUGGUGCUCUCUGCGAAGAGCAUGCAGCUGGAGCAGAACCAGCCCGAGCUGCAGCGCCUCCAAGCGGCGGCCCGCGCGGGGCGCAUCAGGGUGCGCAGCGGCUGA